AUGUUUGCAGCCAUUGGCGUGUCCUCCGAUGAUACGUGGCAAUACACACACAGCGCCAUAACGCAGUCCGAGAUCUACAACGGUGAAACCUAUGACGAUCGGAUCGAAGAUGCGAUGGAUGGAUGGAAUAGAAGCUCGACUUUCGAUGAUACGCUGUGGGAGAAUGUCAGCGUCAGUCGCCUGCAAUCUUCGGUCGAGUUGAUUUCCCCAGAUGCUCCACCGGUCAGGGUGACGGAGUCGCUGAGACCCAUGUCAAUAUUCCAGACCCCGCCAGGCAGAACGAUCGUUGAUUUUGGCCAGAAUCUUCACGCUGAGGUUCUGGAGAACGGGGAACUGGGUAGGCGACCACUACGUGAAGCCCAGAGUUAUGAUCGUGUCACUCUGGCCGGCCGUGAAUUGCAGCGAUGGUCCCCAAGGUUUACUUUUCACGGUUUUCGCUAUGUCCAGAUCGAUAGAUGGAGCACGACGGACGAAAUCCCUUUGAAUCGAGACAGCAUCCUCGCUGAAGUCAUGCACACGGACCUUCAAAGAACAGGGGCCUUUUCUUGCUCCCAACUACUGGUAAACAAGCUUCACGAAUGCGCCGUAUGGUCUAUGCGCGGAAAUUUUCUCUCCAUCCCCACCGACUGUCCUCAGAGGGAUGAAAGGCUCCGCUGGACCGGUGAUGUUCAGGUUUUUAGCCCUUCAGUGACAUUCUUGUAUGACGUCUCUGCCAUACUUGGUGGCUGGUUGCAAGAUCUCGCCGCGGAGCAAGGAGAACCAGGGCGACAUGGUAUACCCCCUCUCGCCGUCCCGAACGUUAUCGAGCGAGACCACCCUGAAGACAGUCCUUGGUGGCCAUUGUAUCCCCAGGCAGUCUGGAAUGAUGCCACGGUCAUUGUGCCCUGGCACCUCUACCAGGCGUCGGGGGAUUCGAAUAUUCCAGGGCGACAACUUCCCAGCAUGCAAGCUUGGAUCGACAGAGGUGUUAGGAGAGGCGACGGUGGCCUCUGGGAUGAAAACUUGUGGCAGCUUGGUGAUUGGUUGGAUCUCAGUGCACCACCUGAUGAUCCUGGCAGCGGACGAACCGAUGGCACUUUCGUCGCGGACUCCUAUCUGGUCCACGUAACUGGGCUCAUGCAUAAAAUUGCAGCGAUUCUCGGUUCUGAUGAAGCCGACCGCUAUCAACGCGAGUUUGAACAGCUCAAAUCGAGAUAUCAACGCAAAUGCGUCACCCCUGACGGAUUAGUUAUUUGUGAUACAAACAGCGUUGUCCCUUACAAUCAUGUUUGA